AUGUAUUUGUUGAAAAUUUUAACUUUGUGUUUGCUGUGCUAUACAUGUUCGGCGAGAGAAGAGGAUGUCCUAGAUUUGGUGGACAGCGACUUCAACUCAAGACUUGCUGAACAUGAAACAGCUCUCGUCAUGUUUUAUGCACCAUGGUGCGGACAUUGCAAGAAAUUGAAGCCAGAAUUUGCCAAAGCUGCUGAAGAUUUGAUUAGAAACGACCCUCCUGUUGCUCUCAUCAAAGUAGACUGUACAGAAGGUGGUAAAGACACUUGUAGUGAAUAUUCAGUUACUGGUUAUCCAACUUUGAAGAUUUUCCGCAAUGGAGAGUUAUCUCAAGACUACAAUGGACCUAGGGAGGCCUCAGGCAUUGUGAAAUAUAUGAAAGCCCAAGUGGGUCCCAGCUCUAAAGAACUCAAAAAUGCUGAUGACCUCAAGAAAUUGUUGGCUGCUGAGAAAGAAAGUACUGUUGUUGGUUUCUUUGAAAAAGAGUCUGACCUGAAAGUUGCAUUUCUUAAAAUUGCUGAUAAACUCAGAGAAAAAGUUAAAUUUGCACACACCUCAUCUAAAGAUCUUUUGAAAGCCCAAGGUGUCAGUGAUGGCAUUGUUCUAUUCCGUCCUGAAUAUCUGAAGAACAAAUUUGAAGACAGCAGUGUGAAAUAUCAAGGAACUGCAAAUUCUGAAGAAAUCAACAAAUUCAUAACUGAACACUUCCAUGGAUUAGCAGGUAUAAGAAAAUCUGACAACAGAGCUGAAUUUGAGAACCCACUGGUUGUUGCAUAUUACAGUGUUGACUAUGUCAAGAAUCCUAAAGGUACCAACUACUGGCGUAAUAGGAUUUUGAAGGUUGCCAAAGAAUUCCAAGGAAGAGUCAAAUUUGCAAUAAGCCCCAAAGAUGAAUUCCAACAUGAACUCAAUGAAUAUGGUUUAGAUUAUGUUAAGGAUGACAAACCAGUGAUCACUGCUAGGAAUGCCAAGAAUGAAAAGUUCAUUUUGAAAGAAGAAUUCUCUGUUGAAGCCUUGGAAGUUUUUGUUAAUGAUAUAUUGGAUGGAAAUUUGGAAGCCUACAUUAAAUCUGAGCCAAUCCCAGAAAGUAAUAAUGAACCAGUAGUUGUUGCUGUUGCAAAGAACUUUGAUGAUGUUGUGAUCAACAAUGGGAGAGAUACUUUGAUAGAAUUCUAUGCUCCUUGGUGUGGACAUUGCAAAAGGUUGGAGCCAAAAUAUACUGAAGCUGCAGAAAAGUUGAAAGAUGAAGAUGUUGCCCUGGUCAAAAUGGAUGCUACUGCUAAUGAUGUUCCAUUUGGAUUUGAAGUGAGAGGCUUCCCGACGCUUUUCUGGCUUCCCAGGGACUCAAAGGAUAGACCUGUUCCAUUUGAAGGGGGCCGUGAUACUGAGGACAUCAUCAAGUACAUUGCUAAGCAUGCUACAAAUGAACUGAGAGGAUAUGACAGGAGUGGCAAUACUAAAUCUGAUAAGACUGAAUUGUAG